UGCUGACUUGCUUGGGUGGCCCUGUAGCCCCUGUUUUUCUUUCUGGGAGAGGGCAGAAGGAGCAGCCAGAGUGGCCCAAGAGACAGGCCAGGGUGGUCAGGGACACAAGCCAAAAAGGCCAUCCAGAGGGUGGCGGGGCACUCAAGAGGGAGCCACUCCCCCCUCUUCCUCCAGCAACCUCAGACGGAGCCCCCUGGGGUUAUUUCCACAGGGAACCACAGCCAACCACUUCUGUCAUUAGCCCAGCCCCAGCCCUCCGCCUACAGCCUACAGCCUACAGCCUAGCCCACAGGCAGGAGGCGGGCAGAACAGGAGGAGGAAUUAGAGAGGGAGCCUUGGGGAUCAGAGAGCAGAGUAGACCUCCUAGGCAGGGAAAGGCGCUGGGCAAGGAGGACAAGCUCAGGGGAGGGCUCCCUCGGGCUCCUCCUCACAAUUGUAACCUGACACCUAGAUCUCCAGGACAACCAACAACAAAAAAAGCCGAGGUGCUGAAGCAGUCAGCAGCCCAGAGCUAGUGCCGGAGAGAGGCAGGAAAGUGACAGCGCUGGUGAAGAAGUCAAAGGUGGUGGCCAAAGGACUUCGAGGAGGUACACAGAGGCUCUGUUCUGGGGCACCUCUUCGUGGCUCCCCAAUAUCUGAGCUCUCAGGCCGGCAGGAGCCAACCAACAUGGCAGCCACGGACUUUGUGGGGGAGAUUCGCUCCGUGGGAGAGCGGCUGCUGCUGAAGCUGCAACGACUCCCCCAGGCGGAGCCCGUGGAGCUCGUGGCCUUCUCCAUCCUUGUUCUCUUCACAGCUACUGUCCUGGUGCUGCUGCUGAUAGCCUGCAGCUGCUGCUGUGCUCACUGCUGCUGCUCUGAGAGGACAGACCGGAAGACCCCGGUGCGGCCCAGAAAACCCAGAUGAGGGCAACAGCGAGACGCCUGAAGAGAGAAACUGGACUAGAGCCUUCCAGUACUGACACCGGCUAUCAUCACGGCCACUUUACUCCUUCAGACAAAGGUUACCUGGCCCCAGUUCUGGCACUGCCCAGGUGACAGGGCAGACAUCUGGAGCCUUAUCAAGGAAACAUGUGUGGCUUGAUCUGCCGGUGGACACAGUGCUUAGCUGGGGCUGUUUCACACUCACAACACCACCUGGACCUUCUGCUAAGCUGACCCUCUCAAGGGCCCCAUACUUCAUUAGGGAGCACCUCAUACUUGUCGGGAGCUGGCUCCUGGGGCUCUGCUGACUUAUGCCAAAGAGAAGCAAGCUAAUCAGGGACUGUGCACUUUAUUAGGCUCCAAGCCUCCUGCGGAGGGGGAGGACCAUGGCAGUGUUCUGGGUGAAAUUUGUCUGCUUAUUUCCAAGUAAACACUUUUUGGUUAUGUGUUUA